AUGGGCCAGAGACAUAACCGACGCCGCACUCGCCCUCGCUCCAGUAAUCGAAGAAACAGCAUCAAUCAAGACGCGGCUCCGACGACAACUAUCGUGACGCCAGGCUCCCCGUUGGCGGUCCCCUCCACCAUCUGGACUCCCCAAACGCCUCCCUCUCCGCCAGCCGCCAUCUAUCAUACCCCUUCCGCUGCAUGCAUUUCACCUGGAUCGCCGGUCGCCGCCGCCCCUGCCCUGAUUUGGCAUUAUGGGUAUACGGCCUGGCAGAUCCGUGAGUCAGCGCAGCGGUUGGAAGCUGGCACCGACCUCGAGGGACAGCAGUAUCGUCUGUGCGGCGGGGAGCCGGGCGACGAUCUGAGCCUCUGCGAUCGCAUGCUUGAGUACUUCGGUGGUCUCGACUACAUCGACGCGUGA